AUGCGGGACUUCAACGCAACUCCAAAAGUGACUCUGUCAGCUAUUCUCAAUAUGCAGAUAAUCUACAGAAUCGCCAUCAUCAUCUUUGCUUUAUAUCUAUCAUUCUACACUCUAUCAUUCUUUUCGGGUCUCGAAAUGGGUGCCCCAGUAUGGAAAUCCGGUUCUUUGCAGCCCACCAUGCCUGUCGAGAAAGAUCGUCGAUUUGCUCUCGUCGUGCCUCUCACCAAUCCCAGCCCCAACGCAUGCAAGACGAUUUUCUCUGCGCUUGCUCUAGGCUAUCCGAGUCCUGUCAUUAUCAAUUGGGGAGUGGACUACCACGAUGUAUCCCAUUGGAGUCUUGGUAGAAACCUCCCCAAGAUCCCUGGCAUGGUACACUAUCUCGAUUCAGUAAUGCACCCUAACGCUACGGAUCUGGAAAGGUUGGAGGAAGACGACCUGGUUCUCAUGGUGGAUGCUCGAGAUGUAUGGUUUCAGUUGCCCGCAGAGGUCCUCCUCAGUCGCUACCAUGAAAUUAACAAAAAAGCCAACGAAAAGCUGCGAAAGCAGUGGUCCGGAUCAGGCCCAAUGCCUAUGAAGCAGACCAUUAUAUCUGCUACCCAAAAGAAAUGCUACCCAGAUGAUGUCGAAAAAUUCGGCUACGAUAUAAGGUGCGACACUUGGGCUGAAAGUCCACUGAGGCCAGAUCUCUAUGGACCAGAAACCGACAAGAACGUUUCCGAUUACUUCCAUAACAGACCACGGUGGCUUAACGGUGGUAUGCACAUUGGCCCAGCAGGCGACAUGAGGCGACUUUUCCGUCGCGCAUUGGCUGACAUGGAAGCGGCGAUCGGAGAAGGUUUCCCUGUGCGAAGCGAUCAGGGACAGUUCGGCAAAGUGUUUUGGAAGCAAGAAGUCUGGAGGGAAUGGCAAAGAAAGAACCUGAUGCACAGUGACAUAUUGCAGGAAGUGGUGGAUGAGAACCUCGAAUACAGCCUCGGACUCGACUACACUCAGGAGAUAUCGUCUCAGACCAAGUUCACCGCCGUCAACUCGACGAUCGAUCUUUAUGACGCGGACUUUAUCCCAUUGAGUGACAAGGAGGCUAUAGAACGGCAUACCGAGGCUAUAGGUAUAUCACCAGUCCGAAUAACAGAUGUACCUAACGAUGUCAACAUCUCUUGGAACCCACUGGCCGACCUUCACAAGAGCGCAACCUGGAGCGAAAUGCCUCUCUAUGCCGACUUCGCCAUCGGUCACGUACCAGUAAUUGUACACCAUAAUGGCCACAAAAGGCGACGUGAGACAUGGUGGCAUAAGCCAUGGUAUCAUCAACGGCUCAGAGAGCUCGUAAGACCUCGACUGAAACCAUACCCCAUUGAUGAACCAUUGGCAACUAUCUGGGAUGGAAAUACCCAGUUCAGGUAUUGGCGUUCGUUGGCUGAAGCAAGAGAUAGAUAUCCUCGGAAGGCCAACACCACAGCAGAUGGCAGGUUCGAAAAGAUGGAAUUUGGGGAGCUAUGUCGAUGGGAAGAUAAGCCACACAAAGAUGCAAGAGACACCUGGUGGGAAGAGGUGUUUAGAGACGGCAAAGGGAGGUUUAGCUACUGGCUAUCCAUGCGUGCGUGUCGGGAUUAG